CCGGUGCGGGAGGGGAAGGGCGGCCAUGGACAGGUUCUCAUGGACCACCGGGCUGCUGGAGCUGGGAGAGACGCUGGUGAUCCAGCAGCGUGGCGUGCGCCUCAGCGAUGGGGAAGAGAAGGUGAAAUUCGAUAGUGGAGUUUUAUUGCUGAGCACACACAGACUGAUCUGGAGGGAUCAGAAGAAUCAUGAGUGCUGCAUUGCUGUACCUCUGUCUCAGAUUGUAUUUAUUGAAGAGCAAGCAGCUGGGAUAGGAAAGAGUGCCAAAAUAGUAGUUCAUCUUCAUCCUGCUUCUUCAAACAAAGAGCCUGGUCCAUUCCAAAGCAGCAAAUAUUCUUACAUCAAGCUUUCUUUCAAAGAACAUGGGCAGAUUGAGUUCUACAGACGAUUAUCAGAAGAAAUCACACAAAGGAGAUGGGAGAGCAUGCCCACUGGUCAGGCCAUGCAAGUUAACAAGGAUUCACAGGCAGGAAGAAUAAGGGCUGUAGGAAUUGUAGGUAUUGAAAGGAAAUUAGAAGAAAAAAGAAAAGAGACUGACAAAAACAUUUCCGAGGCUUUUGAGGACCUUAGCAAACUAAUGGAGAAGGCUAAGGAAAUGGUGGAAUUAUCCAAGUCAAUAGCCAACAAGAUUAAAGAAAAACAAGGUGACAUCACUGAGGAUGAGACCAUUAGGUUCAAGUCCUACCUACUGAGUAUGGGUAUAGCUAAUCCAGUUACGAGGGAAACAUACGGAUCUGGUACACAGUACCACAUGCAGCUGGCAAAGCAACUGGCUGGAAUCCUGCAGACUCCCUUAGAGGAGCGAGGGGGGAUCAUGUCUCUGACAGAAGUGUACUGCCUGGUGAAUCGUGCUCGAGGGCUAGAGCUGCUGUCACCAGAAGAUUUAGUAAAUGCUUGUAAAAUGCUGGAAUCGCUGAAAUUACCACUAAGGCUUCGGAUAUUUGAUAGUGGUGUGAUGGUGAUUGAGCUCCAGUCUCAUAACGAAGAGGAAAUGGUAGCUGCUGCUUUAGAGACAGUAUCUGAAAAGGGUUCUCUCACAGCUGAUGAGUUUGCUAAGCUGGUGGGGAUGUCUGUUCUCUUAGCCAAAGAAAGGCUGCUUCUUGCUGAAAAGAUGGGCCAUCUUUGCAGAGAUGAUUCAGUGGAAGGCUUGAGAUUCUACCCAAAUUUAUUUCUGACACAAAGCUAAUACCAUUUGUGUAAAAUUUGUUAUGUAAUAAUUGAACAAAAGAGCAGAAUCCUUCCAAGAACUGACUUUAAAAUUCUUAUUUCGUUAGUCAACUGCAAGAGACAUGAACAUUGCAAUGCUUUUACAGUUCUCAGGUAUUUCAAGUGCUGAAUUGUCUUACAUGGAACUGAAAGGAAAUAGAAAUCACAAAGUGAGAAGC